AUGAAUCUGAGAUCCUCGUCUCCUCUCGAGAGACAUGGCGUCUCUAAAGCCGACGAAGAAGAGCCCCCAUCCAUGAUUCAGUCCCAAGAGCAGCAACCCGACCCCGAAUCAAGCAGCGAUGACAUCCCCCUCCGCCAACAGCGCCCAGUCCGCCCAUCCACACAUGAGCGCGAGAGCACUUCCAGCCGCUGCCACCUCCAACGCCACGCGCGCGAGAGCAGCGAUACAUCAGCCCUCUCCCAGCGCCGCGCCGCGCACCAAGCCACCUUGCGCCAGCCGGCAAAAGCCCCCGUGACAGCAAUCAGCAAGCCGCACAAGAAGCCCGGUCCGCGCCCCUGGGCCAGCAAGCCCAUCAAGAAAAACGACAUGGAGGCCAAGAAGGAAGUCAUCCGCGAGAUCGAGCAGUACUGGGGCAAAGGCUUCAUCCGCGCAUACGUCCCCAAGUGCCAUCGCCCGCUCAUGAAGCGCGGCGACAAGGGCGGAAAGCGCACCAUGUACCGCGACCACGAGGCGGAUCCGAAGAAGUGGCUGCCGUCGGUGCUCAAGUCGAUUCUGUCGAUUGCGAAGCUGACGCAGAGCAAGGAGUGGCUGAAGAAGGCGAUGAACGAUGUGGUUCGCUACCGCAUCAAGAACACGGGCAAUCGCAAGCCGCAGCUGGUGACGACCGACUUCGAUGUUCUGGAGGACAUGCUCAUCAAGGACUGGGAUGUGCCGUACAGCUUCAGCAUCCGGUACAAGCAUCUGCUUGUUAAUCGCCAGGGCCAGCAAGAGACCGACAAGGACAUUGACCACAUCCUCGGCGUGGGGUCUGACAACGAAGCCGUCAGCGGCGAUGAAAGUGAUGAUGUUGAGGACGACAACGCCCGCGACCAGGAUGAAUUCAUCAAAGACGAAGAUGCGGAUGACAGCGACGCAGAGACCGAUCGCGGCGGCCUGACGGGCCAGUAUUUCCACAGGAGCGGCUAUACCAGCUCGCCCCGUCCACCCCCUCCAUUCCGUCUGCCUGGCCUGCCACCACAGAAGCACAAAGUCAAAGACGAGAACAGCUCCAAGCGCGAUUCAGAACCACCGUCACGCCCCCAGCCACCGCGCCGCAAACGAGACGACCACUCAAGCUACCCCUACCCCUACCCCUACGGCGCACCAAUGGAUCCCUGGGGCCGCCCAAUGCCCUACGGCGGUCCUGAAGCGUACGGUGGCUACGGGGGGUACGGCAUGUACGGCAGCUACGGCAGCUACGCCCACGGCCCACCCCCCUCCAGCGACAGCCGCCCACCAUCCCAGCCCGGCGGAUACCCCAGCAUGCCCCGGUACCCCCGCCACGGCAGCCACGCCCCGAACCCACCGCGCAGCCCCUACGACACCGACCCGCGCUCCCCAACGCUUCCCCCAGCCGACACCAAGCGCCCGCGCACCGACUACGACUACGACGUCGCGCCGCACACCCCCCGCCCUGGUUUCCACACCUACUACCCGCCGCCCCACGCCCAGUGGCCCCGGGACCCCGCGCAAGGCUACCCGCAACCCCUUCUUCAGAACUGCCAGGGCCAGGACGCCUCAUUCGCUGUCAAACAGGAACCGUCCCGCACCCCGACGCCCAACGCCGACGCCGCCGCGCACGGUGUCGGCGAGGACAGUUGUGCGGCGGCGCUGGAGGCCGAGCUCAGGGCGACGGAGCUCGAGCUUAAGGUUGCGCGGCUGCAGGCGAGGCGGGAGGCGUCGCGGGCGACGUAG